GCGAUGGGAAUAAACCGGUUUCUCUUGGUGAUAAAUUUGACCGAAAACGUUUUGUCAAAAAAUCCUCAAAUUUCGCAAAAAUGAGACUUAAUUAUCCUCCACCUCAUCAAACAAAAUCUUUAUCGGCUAGGCUGCCGGAUGAAGCUUUCGAUUCAGAAACGGUAACCUUAUUACCAACGAUGCAAACUAAUAACAAACAUGAAAACCGUACAACUCUAGGAAUUUCAAUACUUAUAUGCUUCAUAGUUAUGCUUACUCUAAUAAUAAUCGCAAUGUGUCUCGGCUUUUACAUUAAACGAAAAAACAAGACGCCUGCAGCCGCUUUUAAGAAAGGUCACAGAAAGGAUCCUUCUCCCAUCUCCGCGAUAUUAUCGGGAUCAAUAAUUGAUACGAGAAUUCAAGAAAUAAGAUCCGAAUCACAAAGAACUUCCACAUCUUCAAUCCUUAUAGAA